GACUGCUUUCUCUUUUUAAGUUUCCACAAAAACUGAAAAUCAUUCCAUUAAAACCAUAAAAUCGUUUGUAUUAACCCCUUUAAUCCCAUUUUCAACCAAAAACCCUCCUUUCCUCUCAAAUACUUCAUCCAGUAGUCAAAAAAAAUUCUGGGUUCUGAUCAGUUUUUUUUCCUAAAAUGUUAUCCUUUAGAUUACAUACCAGUUUCCUGUUACUACCAACUCUUUUUCUGAUUAUAUCCUGCUGUGUCUCUUAUGGAGUUUCUCAGUCUUCUAAUCACCAAGAAAUGGUGGUGGGUAGAGAAUUGUUACAGACAAUUGAUGGAAAUGAAGUGUUGGUAGAUAAUUCAACAUUGAUUCUAGCUGAAAGGAGGACAUUCAGGAAAGAUCCUCUUGAUAAUAUGAAGAGGUAUAGAGGUGGUUGGAAUAUCAGUGAAAAGCAUUAUUGGGCUUCUGUAGGAUUUACAGCUGUUCCACUAUUUGUUAUUGCUGCAAUCUGGUUUGUUCUUUUUGGAAUUACAUUGUGUUUCAUCUGUACCUGUUAUUGCUGCUGUCCGAGGGAACCAUAUGGCUAUUCUAGACUUGCAUAUGCUCUCUCACUUAUUUUUCUGAUACUCUUCACCAUUAUGGCAAUCAUUGGAUGUGUUGUCCUGUACACUGGUCAAGGCAAAUUUUAUGGAAGUACAACACGUACAUUCGGAUUUAUUUUGGAGAAGGGGAAUGUUGUGGUGAACAACCUUAGAAACAUUUCCGAGUAUCUUGAUUCAGCUCAAAAUAUCACGAUAGACAGGGUUUUCUUACCUUCUGAUAUGCAGACUAAGAUUGACAACAUUCAGACAAAAAUUAACUCUUCAGCCAACAGUCUUGCAACUCGUACGGAUAAUAAUAAGGAUAAGAUACAAGAUGCCUUGGACACUGUGAGAAUUGUUCUUAUCAUCGUAUCUGCUGUAAUGCUCUUUUUGGCAUUUCUCGGAUUUUUGUUCUCUAUUCUUGGGAAGAAAUUUAUUGUGUCCAUCUUGGUUAUCAUUGGAUGGAUUCUUGUUGCUGGCACAUUUAUCCUUUGUGGAGUAUUUCUCCUUCUUCACAAUGUUACUGCAGACACGUGUAUAGCAAUGAAUGAAUGGGUUCAACACCCGACUGCUCAUACAGCUCUUGAUGAUAUCUUGCCGUGUGUGGAUAAUGCUACUGCAGCUGAGACCUUGUUACGAACCAAAGAAGCUACAAGUGAAUUGGUCGGCGUGGUGAACCAAGUCAUCACCAACGUCUCUAACAACAACUUUGCACCAAGCUUCGUUCCACUUUACUUCAACCAAUCUGGUCCAAAGGUUCCUGUUCUAUGCAACCCCUUUAAUGCUGAUUUUACUGAUCGGGGAUGUUCGCCCGGUGAAGUAGAUUUAAAAAAUGCAACAAAGGAGUGGCAGAGUUAUGUCUGCGACGUUUCAUCAACAGAUAUUUGUACGACAGUCGGCCGCAUAACCCCUAAGUUUUACACCCAGAUGAGUGCAGCAGUUGAUGUGAGCUAUGCGCUUUAUGCUUAUGGUCCAUUCCUAGUUAACCUUGAAGACUGCACAUUUGUGAGGGACACAUUCUCAACAAUUGGUACAGAUUAUUGUCCUGGGUUACGACGAUAUAGCCAAUGGAUCUAUGUUGGGUUGGUUUUGGUUUCAUCUGCAGUGAUGCUUUCCUUGAUCUUCUGGGUUAUCUACGCUAGAGAAAGACGUCACCGUGUUUAUACCAAACAAUUUUUAGUUCAAUCAGGUCAAGCUAUGCACGGAGAACACAAGGGUGCUGAGAACUAAUAGUUGUCCAUUCUAUCAGGUGAGACUGAGACUGUUUUAGUUCCCUUCAGACUUUGUUUUUGUAAAUCAUUGCAGCUUGUUGUACGGGUGCAUACGGUUCUGUAUAUAUUUUGGUGCUUAGGUUUCUCAUGUCGUUGAUCCAUGUUUAAGUUUAGAGUGCAUUUAUCGAUUUAUCUAUUAAUACAAUUUUAUUGAGGCUUUGAUUGAUUUA